UAAAUGUUAUAAGCUAUAAUUUUAAUUUUUUCAAUAUAAAAAAUUUAUUUUGCAGGCAUAUGGCUCAAAUUGACUGUUCUUGCGGAUUCGAUCCAAAAUUCUUUGAUCUUUUAAAGGAACAUUUUUCAAAAAAGUCCGAAACAGAGCUUCACGGUGUUCUUUUAUUAGAUGAAAUGUCUAUCAGGAAGGGUUUGCUCCUAGAUAAACAAACUAUGCAUUAUAAAGGAGUUCACGAUCUUGGAGAAGAUGUUCCAAAAGAUUCGGACAUAAAAUUGUCCGAUCAUGGACUAGCACUCGUAUUCCAAUACUUAUACGAAGAUUAUUCCCAACCAGUUGCAGUAUUUGCAUCUAGUGAACCUACUUGCGGAAAGGAUUUAGCAAAAAUAGUCCUACAGGCAAUAUCUCUAUUGGAAAGUGCUGGUGCAAAAAUACAUGGCAAUGUUUCUGACGGUUGUGCACCUAAUAGAAAAAUGUGGACAGAACUAGGAUGUAGUGGAAAAUUGAACAACUUUAAAAACUCUUUCCAACAUCCUUUAAAUGCAAAUUGAAGUCUUUCUGUUCUGGGACACUCCUCACUUAAUCAAAUGCAUUCGGAAUCGCUUGGCAAAUUCCGGAGAAUUGAAGAUUAAUCCAGACGAGAGUGCUAUAAAGUAGGAAUAUUUUCAAAUCUUACAUGAAUUAGACAAAUUUCAACCUCCAUCUUUGAGAAUAUACCAGAAGAUC